CUUCGAACUGUCGUUUUCUUCCGUAUCGAGCAACUACUGAUGGCAUGCGCGUAAUUGCGCCUAAUUAGCUGUCAUGAAUACUUCACACCCUGUUUCCUCUGCCCUAACGGGUGUCGAAUUUGGUUUCCUUUCCGCGGGCGAUGUCCGCGAGCUCUCGGUGAAGCAGAUUAAGAAUGAUACGACUUUUGAUUCCCUUCUUCACCCGGUCUCGGGAGGUCUCCAUGAUGCAGCUUUGGGUGCAUUUCUCGACAAUGCCUGCUCUACCUGCGGUCUGACAACUUUUCACGGCUGUCCCGGCCACUGCGGUCACAUAGAACUUCCCGUACCCGUGUACCAUGUCACCUUCCUCGAUCAAGUCGUUCGCCUUCUCCGUGGCGAGUGCCACUAUUGUCACCACUUUAGGCUUCCUCGCGCGCGCAUUAAUGAAUAUGUCUGCAAACUUCGACUAAUCAGGUGCGGCCUCGUGCGGGAGGCCGAGGAUAUGGACAGUAGUCUGGAUGUGAUCGGCCAGGGAAAAUCGAAAAGCAAGAACCGCCGCCUGGACGAGUCGGACUCCGAGAAAGAGGUAGACGAUCUUGUGGAGCAGCGCAAUGAAUAUGUCAAGCGCGUGAUGAAGGAGGCUGGUAUCCCGAAGCGAUUCGUUUGUGAGAAGGACGAGGCGGUCGGUGACGCCCGUAAACAACUCCUCAAGGACUUCUUCAAUGAGAUUGGAAAGAACAAGGCUUGCAAGAACUGUGGCGGUCUUAAUCCAAGAUUUCGCAAGGACCGAGCCAUCAAGAUCUUCCGACAACCUCUUUCGGAAGCAGACGAGACCAAGAUGAACCAUGCCGAGAAGCGCAUGCCUAAUGCGCUCGACAUGUUGAUGAAGCGCGAAUCGAAGGCUCAAAAGAAACAGCAGAUCAAUGCCGAUGAAGGAAUCUAUGAUCUCGAGCAAGGCUCAUCCGGUGACGAAGAUGUGCAGAUGCUUGAUGCUGCAGAGGCAAAUGGAUCUCUCGUUGCCACUGAAACUAUGACCCAGGCAUCCCGAAAAUCAAAGACGACCACUAGCGCCGAACCAGUAUUCAUGACCGCGGCUGAAGUUCGUGCUGCGUUGGUCUUCCUCUUCGACAACGAGACUGAGAUAUUACGAUUGAUUUACAGCCCCUAUUCGCAAUCGCUAUCUCGUGCCGAGAUCUCCGCCGACAUGUUUUUCAUCCACGCCGUUCUCGUCCCCCCCAAUCGAUACCGCAUGGAGGAUAAAACCGGCGACUCGAUUGCCGAGUCUCCCAAGAAUACACUGUACAAGAACAUCAUGCGCGCUAGCGAAGUCAUGAGGGAGAUUACGCAAGAAAUGAGGGGCAUAGUGGAUGAGACUAGACGUCGGCGACGAGACUUCACAGACUUCCAGACACAAUGGGUGAACCUCCAGGGUGCUGUCAAUUCAGUAAUCGACCGCGAUGCCAACCCCGUACAAGGUUUAGCCGGAAGGUCGAACGCAGAUGGUAUCAAGCAGAAUCUUGAAAAGAAAGAGGGAAUGUUCCGUAAGAAUAUGAUGGGCAAGCGUGUCAAUUUCGCUGCUCGUAGUGUCAUUUCGCCUGACCCGAAUAUCGAGACAAACGAGAUUGGUGUCCCUCCCGUCUUCGCAAAGAAGCUCACCUUCCCCGAGCCCGUGACGAACCACAACUUCUACGAACUGAAAGAGGCGGUAUUGAACGGGCCUGAUAAAUGGCCAGGCGCGGUCGCUAUCGAAAACGAACAUGGUCAGGUUCUCUCAUUGCGAAAGAAAAACUACGAGGAACGACAAGCCCUUGCAAAUCAGCUACUGGCACCUUCAGGCACCCAGGUCAAUGGCUCCAAAAACAAGAAGGUUCAUCGCCACCUUAACAAUGGCGAUGUCGUUAUCAUGAACCGACAGCCUACACUUCACAAGCCGUCAAUGAUGGUGCACCGUGCUCGUGUUCUUCCCGGGGAGAAAACGAUUCGCAUGCACUACGCUAAUUGUAAUACCUACAACGCCGAUUUCGACGGAGACGAGAUGAAUAUGCAUUUCCCACAGAAUGAGCUUGCCCGCGCGGAAGCUGCCAUCAUCGCAGACACAGAUCACCAGUAUCUGUCAGCUACAGCAGGAAAGCCCCUCCGAGGUUUGAUUCAGGAUCAUAUUUCGAUGGGUGUAUGGCUUUCCAACCGUGACACGUUCUUCACGCGAGAAGAGUACUAUCAGCUUCUAUACGCAUCGUUGCGACCAGAAGACGGCCAUACAACACACGAUACCCUCCUGACCGUGAAUCCCGCAAUCUGGAAGCCUCAACCUUUGUGGACUGGAAAGCAGAUCAUCUCAACGAUUUUAAGGAACGUUCAGCCUGCAGACUAUCCAGGUCUCACGUUGACUUCCAAAUCUCAGACCAAGGCAAGCUUGUGGGGUGAUAAAUCCGAGGAAGGCGAGGUGAUCAUCAAAGAUAGCGAAUUCUUGUGCGGUAUCCUGGAUAAGGCACAGAUUGGACCUGCCGGAGGUGGUCUGAUCAAUGGCGUUUACGAGGCCUAUGGGCAUACCGUUGCUGGACGGGUUCUCAGUGUCAUCGGUCGUUUGCUAACGAAACUACUGCAUAUGCGGGCCUUUUCCUGCGGUGUGGAAGAUCUGAUUCUGACCAAGGAAGGAGAUGAAGCACGUCUCAAGCAUUUGCAAGAAGCAGAGAAAGUCGGAUUUGAGGUUGCUGCCAAAUACGUCUCCCUCGACCCCAAGACUAUCGACGAAAAAAGUGCGGAACUACGAAAACGUCUUGAGCGUGUCCUUAGAGACGACACUAAACAGCAUGGUCUCGAUAUGCUCUCCAACAGUGCUACCGCCCCAAUUUCUUCCUCCGUUACGUCCGCCUGUCUACCAAAUCGAUUGAUCAAGCUAUUCCCCAAGAACCAAAUGCAGGCCAUGACAGGCUCUGGUGCGAAGGGAAGUAUGGUCAAUGCCAACCAGAUCUCUUGCAAUCUUGGUCAGCAGGUUUUGGAAGGCAGACGUGUGCCGGUCAUGAUUAGUGGAAAGACUUUGCCAUGUUUCAAGCCAUAUGAGACGAGCGUUCGAGCCAGUGGAUACGUCGUUAACCGUUUCUUGACUGGAAUCCGCCCGCAGGAGUACUACUUCCAUACUAUGGGUGGCAGAGAAGGUCUCAUUGAUACUGCCGUCAAGACGUCGCGUUCCGGCUAUCUCCAACGCUGUAUCAUCAAGGGUGUUGAGGGUUUGCGCGUCGAGUAUGACACGUCAGUGAGAGACUCGGAUGGCUCCAUGGUACAAUUUCUCUAUGGAGAAGACGGUCUUGACAUCACGAAGCAAAAGUAUCUCAAUGACUUCAAGUUCCAGGCUGAGAACUUCAUGUCCACCUUCAAUUCUCUUAACGUAGUGGAGGCCUAUUCUGAAGUGCAGAGCGCCGAGGCUGUUGAGCAUACCAAGGCAGCUCACAAGAAGGUCCGCAAGACUGGCGAUGUUGCUGCAAUGGAUCCAUCUCUCGCCGUCUUUAAUCCUGGCCGCCACUGCGGUGCUACUUCAGAGAAGUUUUUCGCUGCUAAGAAAGAGUAUCUUGAUAAAAACCCCGACAGCAUUCUCAAGAAGAAGAAGUCCGACACGACCGGCUAUGUCCUUAAGAAGACCUUUGAUUCCCUACUUGACAUGAAGUACCUACGCUCGCUUGUUGAACCAGGCGAGGCCGUCGGAGUUGUUGCUGGGCAGUCCAUCGGAGAGCCCUCUACCCAGAUGACGUUGAACACCUUCCAUUUGGCUGGUCACUCCGCCAAGAACGUCACACUUGGUAUUCCUCGUCUACGAGAAAUCGUGAUGACUGCUAGUGCAAAGAUUUCGACUCCAAGCAUGCAAUUGUACCCCAGAGAAGAGUUGUCAAUAGCGGACUGCGAAAAGUUUGCGAAGAGUAUCAGUCGCCUUCCUCUUUCAUCCGUACUGGACAAAGUCACGAUCACUGAAGAGCUAGGCCAGGGUACAGCGAUUCAGCAGGCAAGGAAGUUCAAGAUCCGCAUGGACUUCUAUCCCGCGAAAGAGUAUACUGCAGAGUAUGCCAUCAAAGUCCGAGACGUCGCUGAGUCUUUGGAGAAGAAGUUUUGCCCUCGACUGCAUAAGGUCAUCCGAGCAGAUCUGAAGAAGCAACAAGCUAACAGAUCUCUAUCGACCGCAUCAUCAGCCUCUGUGCCUCAAGUUGGACAAUCAUCUGGAACAAUUGAACAAGCAACCACCCGGACUGCUGACAAUGAAGGCGGGCGGGACGACGACGAAAGCGAUGACGGUGACGACGAUGGCGACGCUACAAACGCCAAACAGCGUGGCCGUCGGGCCGAAAGUGUUGAGUUUGAAGCACCGGAUGAGGACGAGGAACAAAUCAUCGACCGCAUUCGAACUGAGGGUUCAGACGAGGAAGACGAAACCUACGGAGGCAGUCCUAAGCCCUCCCGUGCUGCGUCCCCUGACCAAGACUCCGAUUCUGAGGAUGAGGAGACCGUCGUGGCGCGCGAGGAAGCCUCCGAUAUCCGUCGCGAUCGUAUUCUUAAAGCAUGCGGCGACGUGUACGAUUUCCGAUUCGACGACAAGGCCGGUGGCUUCUGCGAGAUUUAUCUAGAGUACCCGGCAGAAGCACCCAAGGUUCUUAUGCUCAACCACGUCGAAGCAACCGCCGAAUUCGCCACGAUUCAUGUUAUUCCUGGUAUCAAGAGUGCACAAGUGACGACCGAGAAGGUUCCAGAUCCCGUUACGGGCGAAGAAGUCAAGAAAGUAACGGGAAUCAUCACUGAAGGUGCCAAUCUCGUCGCCAUGCAGGAUUAUCCCCACAUCGUCGAUACGAAUCGUCUGUUCACCAACGAUAUCGCCCUCAUGUUGAGACUGUACGGUGUAGAAGCUUGCCGUGCCACUAUCGUCCGCGAAAUGCACGCCGUCUUCUCGGGUCACGGUAUCUCCGUCGACAACCGUCAUCUUAGCUUGAUAGCCGAUGCUAUGACUAAGGGAGGAGGCUUCUCUGCCUUCAACCGUAACGGGCUUAUGAAGAGCAAUGUUAGUCCUUUCAUGAAAAUGAGUUUUGAGACAACAGUCGGCUUCUUACGAGAUGCUGUUCUGGAGAAGGACUGGGAUGAUCUCCGAAACCCAAGUGCACGUAUCGUUGUAGGCCGUUUGGGCGUCACCGGAACUGGCAGCUUCGACGUUCUUGCGCCUGUCAAGGUCACGGAUCCUCUGGUUGAGGAUGUUGCGGGAGAGGCUAUGGAUGUUGAUGCUUAAGUCACGGUUUCCAUUCAUGGAGUGGUCUAAGUUUUUAUUUCAUUUUCGCGGAUAUCGUUGGGUCAGCAUAAUAUCCAAUUGUGAUUGUAUGGCAUCUUAAGCGGAGUCUUCGGCGAAUUUGUUCCGGAACAAUGAGUUGAGUUGGGGAUGUCUUGAACGGAAUUUGUUUAUAAAAGUCUGAUACGAGUACGAUUUAGAAAAGUAUAUGAGCC